GGCAUGCCGGGAGCGGGGGGGCUGGGGGGUGUCGGUGUCCCCGUUCCCAAACCUCUCGCCUCUCCUCACGGGCGGUUUUACGGGGGGUGCGGGGCCGCCGCCGUUGCCUGGGAGCGGCAGGCCCGGCCUUCUUCUCUCGUUGCCGGUCGCCGCGAGGGGUGGGGGGGGAUGAGGGUCGCCGACUGGUGCCGGAGCUCGGUGGGGGCUGCCCUCGUCAUGGCCACCUCCAGCGACGAGCAGCACCCCGCCGAGAACGUAGCGGACGGAAAUUCAGAAACGUUUUGGACGACCACAGGCAUGUUCCCACAGGAAUUCAUUAUUGGUUUUCCUAAAUGUGUAAAAAUCAGCAAAGUCGCAAUCCAGUGUUACUUGGUGCGGACCUUAAGGAUUGAAAGAAGCGUAUCUAAAGACCCAGUAGGUUUUGAAGAGUGCAUUGAAAAAGAUUUGCAACACACCGAAGGACAGCUUCAAGUAGAAGAAUUUCCACUUCCUGAUUUCCAGGCCACUUACUUGCGUUUCAUCAUCAAAUCCGCCUUUGAUCAUUUUGUAUCAGUGCACCGGGUGAUGGCAGAGGGCACAGCAGAAAACACUUAAGUCCAGCUUAAAUUUGUACUUCAGUUUUUUUUUUAUAGAGAAGUUAAAUUUUGGUAUAUGUAGUGCAGAGAGUAUUUAUUACUAAAACCUUGUAUUAAUGUGUUUUUUGAAGGUAUGGAUGUAGUAUGUAUUCCCCACCCGUUCAAUGUAUGUAAUGCAGUACUCCUGCUAAUUGUAGUAACAGCUUUCUAGCUCUAUAACCUAGGCUGUUACCCUAGAACACUUGAACAUAACUGAGUCCAUUUAAAUUAGUAUGUUUAUAUUGGUAUUUCUUAAUAUAUGAAUUAAAACUCAAUCUCCUGUAAAAUGUUUCCCUUGCACUCUGAGUUAAAUAGAAAAAAAAAGCGUGAAAUACUUAAAUGGGAUGUAUUAUUUCCUACCGUCAAACAAAUCCAUCAGAAGUUCUUAAAUUGGUAGCUUUCUCAUCAACUCAAACUGUUUAAGAUUAGGAUGAAUAUAAAUGUCUACUAAUGUUCAGAAAUAGAGGGGAGAGGGGGCAGGGCGGGGAGGGAAAUAAUCUGAAGCCAUAUGAAGUGCUCUGAUAGAUUUUUAAUAAAUGCAGAUCAAUCCCUU